AUGGUAGCGACUGAAAUCGGUGCACCUGCACCACUGCAACUCUUUUUUCCCCUUCUGUCCUGUAAAUUAUUGCGGAAAAUUGUGCUGAACAACUUGCCUGUCACUCACGACUGUUCGAUUUUCCCUCUCAGACGAAUAUCGAAUUCAUUUCCAUUGUUACGAAACGGAGGGUUCCUUCUACUAGGAGUUGAAGCACUUUUGAAGGAAAUGAAAGAUCUAUGCGUUUGAAAUACGGGAAAAUAUAUUGUGGACUAGUAGCAAUACACAUAUCGAGUUUAUAGACAAAAUGGCGAACAGUAUGGACUUCUGGAAUCAGCCUUACUACAGCUGCCUAAAAAUUUUGUCACGCUCACUUGGACUCUGGCCAUAUCAGUCCCCGAGGGAGAGUUUUAUUUGUCGAUCGAUCGCAAUAUUCUUGUUCUUCUUUCAAACAAUCCCUCAGACAAUAGCUCUCCGAAAUUAUUACAAUGACUUUCAACUUGUUAUGGAGUCCAUGACUUAUUUCAUGAUUGAUCUUACAGUCAUAUUGAACUUCAUCACGUAUUUUUCAAAAACUGAAAAGAUGAGGAAGUUAUUGAAUAGAAUCAGAGAAGAUUGGGAACUAUUCACGAAAGACAAUGGAUUAAAUAUACUUCACAAAUAUGCCAGUCAAGGACGGAAAUUUACACUUUUCUAUGCUGGUAGUUUGUACUUAUGUAGCAUGUUUGUAACGCUGAUACCCCUCGAAUUGAGACUCAUAAAUAUACUAUUAAAAACGAACAUCAGUGUUCCGAAAUUUUUCAUACCGAUGGAAUAUCCUAUGGUCAAUGUCGAUAGAUAUUACUACUGUAUCUUCUGCCUGACGCAGAUGUCGGUCAGCAUUAUCAUGCUGAUGAUAGUCACCUACGAUAUCUUCUUCUUUCUCUGUGCGCAGCAUAUCUGCGGAUUAUUUGCCGCUCUAGGCGCUGCUAUCGAAAGAGUCCCGACUGCGCCUCAUCUGGACAAACGGACACAUGUCAAAUUACUUGAUGAAAUUCUUCACUGGAAUACUUUCAUCCUGUUAGGAUUGACUAUGGUUGAUAUGAGUAUGAUUGAAUUGCAGUUGGUACUACAUUUGAAGGACAUCAGUAGAGUUUUGAAGAAUUUCAUUUUCAUCGGUUCCGUAAUGAUGCGUUUCUUCAUCGUAUGCUUCGUCUCUCAACGGGUGACAAAUCAUAGUGUUGAUUUCCAGAAAAAUAUAAUGAAUUCACAGUGGUGUGACACCUCACGAAGAUCCCAAAAUUUGAUAAAAUUCGUCAUGAUGAGGAGCCAGAUACCAUGUCAGUUGACUGCGGGUAAGGUCCUAGUAAUGUCAUUCGAAUUAUUUACAGUGAUUAUGAAGACAUCUGGUUCGUACUUCACAAUGCUUUUGGCAAUGCAAUGAAGCACCAAUGAAUCUUGCCAAUGACUCGUUAAAAUUCUGUAGAAUGAUUUCAACUGAAUAAAAAUGAAAUUUUGUGGCA